AUGGCCGAAUUGUGCAAUCUAUUGGCAUGCCGGCUGUGCUUGCAGAAGCAGUUCCAGCUCCUACCAAUGUUCCCGGCCAACGAACCGGUCAAUGAUGAGCUGCUGCGGAAGAUACAUGAAUGUGCUACGGUGCGAAUAUCAUACGAGUACGAUCAAAGUUCCGUCAUCUGCAUCAAGUGCAUCGUGGACGUGGAACAGUUCUACGCCUUCAAGCAGCGUUGCGUGGAAAGUGAUUUGUUGUUUCAGAAAAUGCGCCUAGACUGUAGCGACAAAGGUAUGGAAGAGAGCGAGUUUGAAAAUGCCGUCUUACCGGAGGCAGCAUUUAUGGAACCAAUCACUAAUCUGGAAAGCCCGCAGCAGUACGAUGGAACGAAACCAAUGGACAGUUUCAUUGGACCAUCGAAGCUGGUGCGUGUUGGUUACAAUUACCAUGUCGUGCGCGUGAACGACGAGACAGAUGUGCUAGUGUACCACAAGCAUAGGUUUUACCAACCAACCAAAGCCACCGAAUGGAAUCGGUGGGUUUGUGUGGCAAAUGGUUCCCACAGCUGUACGGCUAGACUGACCAUCUCUUCUAGGGAGGGCUUUCCUGUAGCCUUGUUCACUAAAUCCAUACGGCAUAACCAUCCCGAUACAAUCGUGCAAACGAUAGGUACUUCGGAACCUACCCAAGAGGAAGUAGUACAAAUACUACCCCAGUGUACGCUAGUUCUGGACUGUAAUCAACGAAUGCGCCUACUAUUCGGAGGAUAUCGAUAUCGAUUACGGAAGGCUAUUUAUGGCGUUGGAAAAAGUUUAUGGAGUUGCGUUCAAUCCGACUGUUCGGCGACCAUAGAGUUGUCGUACGAAGAUUUCUAUACAUGUGCGACAGGAGAUCGAACGCACUCUCACGAAGUGGAUGAAGGGAAUGUUCCAACAACUUCAAAUCCAAACACGGAACUUAUGCCUCAAAGGCAACCAAAGCAUACGCGUGGGAAUAGUGGUCUCAACUACCAUAUAACAGAUGGCGUACUAGUGUACAGUGGAAAUUACUACAAGCCACAUAAUGCUACUUCAACAAACCAAACAGACGAUGCCACGAACAAUGUGUGGAAAUGUAUCGCCACUGAUUGUGCCGCCAAAGUAAGGAAAUAUUUAAAGUACGUAGCAAUGAUCAACAGCAAUCAUAAUCACGUUAAGCAGACCACAAAUAAGGCAACGAAACAAACCAUACAGCAGGGUGUUAAUUAUAGUCUCUAUGUAGAGGAAAACGGCUAUGUUCGAUUGGGGCAUCGUAAGCAAAAGUACACUUUUCAGAAACUUCUCCCAAACGACACCUCGGAAUGGGCUUGCAUCUGGAAGGGUUCGGGUUGUACGGCAAUGUUACGAAUGCUACCAGACGAACAGCUCGUCUACAGUGCCAGCAUCGAACCCACCAUCAAACAUGAACAUCGGGUAGGAAAUGUAGUUGAAAAAUAUUUCCCCACCAUCACAACAGCACAGAACACCGAAAAGAAUUUAUGGACCACUUCAUCCUAUGAACUUUUGUGGAACAGCAACAGUAAACCGAUCAUCCUCCGACAGCAUGAUCGAUACUACGGACGAACAGCGUUCAAAAACGGUACGAUCGUGUGGCAUUGCGUUCGGAGUAUCAACACUCACUGCGAAGCGACCAUCACGAUCCACAAAUCUGGUGACAUUAUUGCCGAACAUUCGGUUCACGAUCACGAGAAAAGCCGCAUAAAUGGUCUAAAAGUCCGAUCGCUUGGCCAAGCUCAUACUACGCGUGAUAUUUUUGCUAGUCCCGGUCCGGUUCGCUUAUUAGCCGGAGGCUUCAACUACCGUCGUAUGCACAACGAUCAGCUAGACAUCGAUAUCGUUGUGCACGUGGCCCAUAAGUACUUAUCCGACGGUCUCGAAACGAAAGGCUACCACUGUAUACUGCGUGACGAACCGCAAGCCUGUCCCGGUAAGAUCGUUCUCACCAACAACGCACUCUGUGCUGAGAUAGUGGCGACACAUAAUCACCUGGCUCGUACGGUACCGAAGACGGUCGAACCGGAGCGGACCGCACAAGUGGUCGUAGAAGGACCCAACUAUGAGCUCAUCUAUUCGAUGACUGGGCGGAACUGUUUGCUGCUGCACGAAGGACACGUCUUCCGUGUGUACAAGCUGCUGGAACCUACGCAAACAUCUCGGUGGCGUUGUAUACACGCCGAAGUCGGGUGUAAAGCGUUCCUGAGUGUGCCACUAACGCUCAGCAAACCGGCAGCGAUGGAUGCCCAGCCGCAUGAUCAUUCGCGUGUAAAGCAUGACACUGCGGCCGGUUUGGUAAAGGUGAAACAAGAAAUUGUAGAAGAGCCUGAGCGGAAUAGCUACGAGGAAUCACCACGAUUAAGACCGCGAGUUCGGGAAGCUGUGGAUGCAGAGGAUGUGAAACGAACGCUAGCACUAAUCAAUCCAACGACAUCAGACUCCAAUCCGUUGAGUGUGUUCCAGGACAUUCGUGGAACGUUGAUAAAGGAGGAGAUGAAACGCGAAAUGUUGCAGAUUAAGCCCGACCCCGAUGCGAUGACCUGUUUCCUUAAUGGUCAUCUUUACGUGCGUCAAUUCGAAGAUCUCCAAACGCUUGAUGCACCCGAAUGGAUGUGUGCGUUCCGCUGGACGCUGAGUUGUAGUGCCCGGUUAAGUGAUCUCUCUGUCCACACGCACGAACGGUUCGCCUCCGUGCGUACGAACGAUCGGUUCAACAUGCUGAAAACAUUGAUCUCUCACGGGUUGAUCGCCCAGCGGGGCGUUAUCACACAGAUGCCCGAACGUCGGAAGGUGUCCGAGUACGAGCUGCUACCGAGCAAUGGGAAUCUUUCGCUAAUAAUUGACGAGAACCGAUAUUACUUCUACAAGGCAAAGAACAACGGAGAAUGGUUGUGGCGUUGCGUACGGUACCGCUGGCAAGGGUGUAAGAUCGGUGUGGCCGUAUCACAUUGCUUCGGGAAGUAUUACUAUCAACCUUACGGCAAAACCGAACACGUACAUUCCUCCUAA